UUUCAGAGAAAACAACGAUUUUCUGUUUCGCUGCUUAUAUAUUUUAACUUGCUGUUUCUAAUCGCAACAUUCUGAUUGCAAUUCGUCAAAAAAACAUUAAUGGCAUUAAAUGUAUUCCUCAAAUUUGGCAAAUAUAAAAUUUUUAAUAAUGUUUUUAUUAACAAAUAAAGAGUGUUCUUCGCGCGUCUGUACGCAAAUUUCUCCGCGCAGUCUCGGUACCGAUCGUAAUUGUUGGACGCGCGUUAUGUACACUUACGUCGUCAAGACGACACAUCGACGCCAUCGACUGCCUCGCUUCAGUAAAGGCGUACGUGUACUUGUUCAAUAUACAUGUGUCGCUGACAGUAAUUCGUCGAAGUUCUCUUCUGCAAAAAUGUCUUUGCACGCGACACCCAUCCUGUAUUUAAAUAUGGGCGGCGAAAUGCUGUACGUUUUGCGACAGAGGCUGAAGGCGCAAAAGAUCGACGUCGACAAGACGAUACAAGUAUUGGACGACGUGACAACCGCUUUGCUCAAUCCCAAGUUAUUAUCGCCGAUUUUCGAAGAAUCGCCACUGAUCGGUGUAUCGCAAUUGCGCACCACUUUGGAGAGCGUCGCUCUUUCAUCCAUCAUGAAACUAGACAAGAAUAGUAUGGACAAACUAUUCGACCUGAUGAUCAUGAUGGUAAAGUAUCAAUUGAAGUCGGCUACUGGACCCAGAGAAGUUAUUCUCAUCACUCUGAAUCACAUAGACGCGAUGCGCGACAUGGUCAGCGACGUAAAUGCGCAAAAGUGCGUUGCCAUGGUGCAUCAGAUGAUUGUCAACUUCUACGGCUGCCUGACCUUCGAAGAGGUGUGGAACGCGCGGCAGAGUUGCCUGAAGGAAUUAGAGCCGUAUUGCGUGCGAGUCUCGAUCCUCCUGCGACGCGGUCUGCAGAACGACGACGCCAGCUUCAACGUGGCACCGCAGAAGUACGACGAGAAGUACGCGGAGCACGGGAGCAUCUUAGCCGCCAUGAGGAUUAAAGAUGUGAGCCCUGAAACGUGCUGCGGAGGAUCCUUCGAGCCUUUCAGCGACAGAAAGACGAUAUUGGGCAAAAAUAUAUAUCUGCCAACGUAUGGCAUAACGGAAGCUGCAAGGCGCGACAGCCAGCAGUUCCUAAGAGACUGCGGCGCGAAAGCGGAAUUAGGUAUGCUGGCCGUUCAGCUGGGCACCGAGGAGACCAAUUACGAGAGACCGUUCACGCUUAACUUACUGUCGAAUAUGGACGAGGAGAAUGUAAAUAAUGCGAAUAGGGAAAUCGAUGCCGAGGGGAACAACGCUAAACGAAGCAACGCGGAAAACGAAAAGCCAAAAUUGAACGACGACUAUAAAGCCAAACUCGACACUGUAUACGCGGAUUUUUUCGAGGACGAGCAGGAAGGCAGCUUGAAACGCAGUAUGGAUUUGCUCGACCUUCUCGACGAGAUCGAAUGAUUUGAGAUUUUAAUCGACGCAUAUAACGCAUUGCAAUUAUUUUUCCUAUAUUUUUCUUGCAUAUUUGUACACACCGUGUUUCUAAUAGAAAUAAAAUAUAUUCUCCCAUGUGAAAA